UUUUUUAAUCUUUCCCCCCACAGACACACAGACAGAACGGCAGUGAUGUCUUCAGGGUUGACUGCAUUGGUUCUCCUGCUCCUGCAGACCGGAGCUCAGGGGUUUGGUAUCGGGUUUGGUAUAUUUAAAGGAAAGUCUAUGAACCAUGAGGCGAUCACUGAGACAGCCAUCUUAAAUACCACCGUGCAGGUGUGCCGUGCUGUGGCCCUGGCUGAGGGCCAAGACUUCACUUUUCCUCCUCAGCCUUUUACUUCAAAGUCCGUUGCUGAUGCCUGUCAAGCAUCAAAAUCAUCCAAGAGAUUCUGUCGAACAAUCGAAUUAAUCAAAAGAAAGAACUGGGUGGUUGACAUUCGUCAUUUAUUCAACUCCCACUUCCACUUUGACAAUGAGAAGUUUUCAGAGGGAAGGAAAAUCAUCACAGAAGGAUUAUCAGCCGUGAAGGCCAGCAACAAGCGAGAGAAUUUUGAGGCGGCCAGAGAAAUACUGGGAGAAAUCCUGCAUCCUUUACAGGAUUUCUACAGUCACAGUAACUGGGUGGAAAUGGACAAUAAACUACCAAACUCCAAUUUGAUCACAUCAGACACCAGCAUUGGUAACAUAGCAGCUGAAACCAGAGCAACCUGUCGCAACUGUGAUGGAGAUGACUGCACAAACAACAUUUUGGAGGAUAUCCUACGUGAAAAGAUAUUGACUUCAGGAUAUUUUGGUCUUAUCCCUUUUUUCUCAUCCAAACCAAAUGGAAAAUGCAGCCAUGGAGGUUUUUUGGAUCAAACAAGCGGGAUUAAGCCCAAAGGUGGGAUCAACAAAGACAAGCUCGACUCCAGUCAUGGACACCGCCACACUGACGCAGCAAAUCUGGCCAUAGCCGCAACCAGUGAGCUUCUAGAGGACAUUCGAGCGGCUGCUGGUGACAGAGGGUUUCUACAAAUGAUGGGAAUCUACAAAGGAUCCAGUAAAGCUCUUUGCUUCAUGAUCGACACAACAGGAAGCAUGUCUGAUGAAAUUGCAACAGUGAGGAGCGUCACUUCCUUUAUAAUUGACAGCAAAGUGGGAACAGAAGAUGAACCCCCACUUUACAUUCUUGUACCUUUCAACGAUCCAGAUUUUGGGCCAUUGAUGAGGACCACAGACCCAAAAGCCUUCAAGAAUGCUAUUAAUUCACUAUCAGCAACUGGUGGAGGAGAUGCUCCGGAAAUGAGUCUUUCAGCACUUCAGCUGGCUUUAACUAGCACCCCUCCUAAUUCUGAGAUCUUCCUCUUCACUGAUGCACCUGCAAAAGACAGUCACCUGAAAAGCACAGUGACAGCACUCAUAGAGCGCACCAAGACAGUGGUGAACUUCAUGAUAACAGGCGUACUGGGGCUUCGUCGUCGAAGACAGAGUGGCAACAUCCAACAACUGCUCAGUCGCAUGGGAACAUCAGAUGCCCAGCUGUACCGAGAUCUGGCUCAGGCUUCAGGAGGUCAGGCCAUUGAAGUCACAGAGAUUGAGCUCCCACUGGCCACCAGCAUCAUAACAGAGUCCUCCAGCUCCUCUCUGGUGACCCUUCUGCAGGCAGCCAGGAGUCCAGGAAAGGCUGAAAACUUCACCUUCCUGGUUGACAAGUCAGUAGGAAACCUCACAGUUUACAUCACUGGGAACUCCGUUGCCUUUACUCUCAUCAGUCCGUCAGGUGUGUCACAGCAAAGCACCAACACAUCAGGAUCACUUACCACUUCAUUCCAGUCAGUGGGAAAUUUCAAGACUCUGCAGCUAAAAACACAAGUGGGACUGUGGAAGAUUAAUGUGCAAUCAACAAAUCCCUACGCUCUGAAGGUUGUAGGAGAGAGUCCCAUUGAUUUCUUGUUUGAGUUUUUGGAAACAUCACAUGGCCCACUUGGAGGUUUUGAUGUUGUAGACAAUCGUCCCAGAGCUGGUGUUAAUGGUAGUCUGAUAGUGACUGUAACUGGGAGUGACUCUGCCACAGUGACAGAAGUGUCUCUGGUUGAAUCACUGGGGUCAGGAGAGGUUAAUGGAAGUGUGGAGGCUCAGGGUGGAGGAGACUUCUUGGUUCAGUUUGACAGAAUACCAUCAGCGGAGUUUGUGGUCCUCGUGAAGGGACAGACCAGCAGUGGUUCCUCUAAAUCUUCCUCAGUGACCUUUCAAAGACAGUCAACAACCAACAUAAGAGCAUCAACUCUGACUGUUACUGCUGAUGGCUCAAAUAACAUCUUAGUACCAGGAACAACACUUUCAGUUCCCUUCUCUGUGAUGACAGAAGGUGCAGGAGGAACCUUCAAUAUCCGAGCUACCAAUGACCAGGGUUUUAGUUCAACAUUCCCUUCUAGCUUAUUCCUGGGAACUGGAGGUAAUGCUAACGGUACAGUGAACCUCACAGCACCUCUUAACACUACAUCUGGUACUGACGUCACCCUGACUAUUGAGGCUGAAGCUCCAGGAGGCACAGACAGCAACUAUGUUGUGCUGCGUAUCACCGUCCUUAACACGGUGACUGAUUUCACUCGGCCGACGUGUGAGCUGCUCAGCCUGCAGUCCAACUGCUCUGAGCCCUGCAGCUUGUCAAUGUGGGAGCUCUCUGUUCAGGUGACUGAUGGUGGUGAAGGGACAGGUAUUGAGCGUGUUAGCCUCAAACAGGGCAACGGCACCAUGAACACCAGCCUGGUCGCUGGCAGUAAUAACACAAUACUGGUGUCCUACAACGCAUCCUGUUGUUCACCUGAUGUGGAGCUACUGGCUGUGGAUCAAGUGGGUAACGUGGGCUCGUGUUUCUACACUGUCAGGGAAACGACCGCCAGCACCUCAGAAACUGUGACUACUGUCACUACAACCACCAGUAGCCCACAGUCUCCAACAGCAGGACCUGUUGGGUCUUUGUCUACCAGACCUGUUCAGUCUUUUCUUCUCUGCCUCAGCAUCACAAUUCUGGGGCUCAAUCUGCCAUUUGAAAUGGGAAUCAAUUGAGUGUUGACAUGUUACAGCGAGGAUGAGUGAAUGUUCAAAACAAUGUUCUCUCAACUUUGGAAAAUCAACUACAUACUCAGGUGUCAGUUUAUUAUGUACAAAAGCUCUGCAAAAAAUUAGUGUGCUGGAGCUUAAGGUGAUGAUGUCUAAGUGCUUAAGAGGCUAAAAUGUUUUGUUUCCUGGCACGUGAUACUUCACUUAUACGAUGGACCCUACUGUGGUGAAACUCAAUGUAACAUCCACUACCAUUAUUCUUCCAUGUUUUUUUGCUUUUCUUUCUAUUUUUUUGUUAUAAUGUUAACAACAUUAAUUCAACUUUCAGGUCAUAUCAGAGUGUGUGUUUUGUUUUGUGGUUUGAUGGUAUUAUGUUUUACUGAGGGGUGCUUCUAAUACUUGAUCUACCUUUGUCAUUACUACUGGAUUUAUGGGUGAACCUAGCAAAGUAUAUGUACAAUGAGGGCAUUAACACUUCUGUAAUACCAAUGAUAAAGCCUUAAAGCUGUAUGUAAGAUCAAUCACUUUGAUUAUAUGUACUGUUUUUACGGGUUUGUGAAUUUAUGAUUAUGAUAAAGGUUAUGUGAACAUGUCCUAUUGAUUAUGAUGCU